ACCGAAAUGUGCUGUUCGUGCUUUACGCCGCCGUUUUUCUCAGUCAGUGAUGCUCAACCACAUCGUUGCAGGCUAUACACUCUCUUUGCUCGAGACUUGCGUGAAAAACUGUGGCUACCGUUUUCACAUUGUUCUGGCUAAUCGCGAGGCUCUGCACGAUUUUACUAAGUUUUUGCAGCCAGGUGGCAAUGACCUCAUCCCAAUCAGGAUUCAGGACAAGCUUUUGCGCAUAAUUCAAGUAAACAAAAAUAGUUCUAUUUACACACGUCAUUUUUUACUCCUCUUGGAUAACCACAAGGAGUGA